CCCCCCCCCCCCCACACACCGGGAGUCGCCAAAGGCUCACGGAGCCUAUUGGAUUUGGCAAAGUUAGCAAGUGGAAUUGCGUUCGGGAUCAGGGGGCCGGGACUUACGUAACGUUACGUUGCUGCCGUGUGUUUCCCACACGGCAAGACGCCGACACCAUUUUCUAGAUGGAGGAUCCCAUCCACGUCACGAACCUGCUUCCAUGGCACCACAGGCGUCGUGAAGGCAAAUGUUCCUUCUUUAGUGGAAGAUGAAGCCCGUAAUUCCACUUCCGGUAGCAAAGCUUUGUGUCGCGUGAAGGCCGCACCCCUUCCUGUCCGAUGACGCCAAGUCUCGCGAGAGAAACCGAGCAUCAGCCAGGAUUCCUACAUGAUAGAGGUUGUUUUCUAUUCAGCUAAUGUAACGCCGCGACUGUUGGUAUUUUAGCUUUCAUUUUAUUUGCCAAACAUUUCUACCAUCUUAUGAUGUCACCUUCCUAGAGUCUUAUCGUGGCGUUAUUCCCGUCCUAUUCUAACUUCCUCCCCGACCCGUUUUUCCAGAAGUUGGCUCCCUUUCUUGCCUGUUUCUGCUGGCAUUAUGGUGUGUCUUUUUACUCCUAAGAUAUUCCUUCCCCUGACAAUGGAACAACUUUAUUGGCGGGGCAUUGCCACUUUGUUGUGACCUCCUUCCCGGCCCCCCCCUGUUGGCUGGGCUGGACCAAGCCGCCGAUCAGGAGGAGAUGCCUUUCACGCUGCUGCUGGACCAGGAUGACAACGAGCAACCGGACAAAGCCGAGGUGUGUGAGCCCACAGUCGGCGGCGGGGAGGUCUGGUGUGCCACUGCAGCAGCAGAGGACGCCCGGCCGGAGCAGCGAUGUUCACCUGGAGUUCCCGCAGGAAGCACGCCGCAUGACCACGGUUCCCAUGAGACACGGACACACUCGGCCCAGUCGCUCGCCACACCCGCGGCACAGCUCCAAAGUCAUCCACCAUUGGCGGGGGAAAGCGAGCCAGCAGGCGUCGCCGUGCAGCAGUGCGGCGGUCUUCCUCUUCCACAGCAUCUGCAAGUUGAUACGCCAGCCAAGGAAAAGAGCAAAGAGCCCUCCAGAAAGGUGAAGCUCCUGCAAAGGACUGCGAGAAGGACGGCGGUGCUUUCACCCUCCAGUGCAGGACACGCCGAGGGGGGGACAUCUCUUGGCGAGGAGGAAAUGUGUCUGAGGUCAAGUACAAAGACCACACCCCCGCCUGGUAGUCGUAAGCGGCGUAUCUCCACUCAGGAUAUUGACGCACGCUACAAAAAGAGCCAGAGAAAGGAGCCCCGCCGGGACGGGGCCGCCCAUAGAAGGCACCAGUCCUCCAGGACGAGGCUGAGUGGACGUUUAGCAUCCGUCAGUCGCAAGGAGUCCACUCUGGUGAGAGUUGCCGCCAGACCCAGAAGGCCUUGCAGUUCCACCUUUGCUGAAGAGGAGCACACCCCCCGGCACUUGAAAAGACCGUCCCACCAUUCCCUGUUGGAGAAGACCGCCCCCUCAGCGACCCAUUGGGUCAAACUGCCUCAAGGCGCUACCAAGCCUGGAGAAUCUGCUGCCAAGACCUCCAGACUCAAACCCAAUUUUAGCAUCUCCGAGAACGUGAAGCUCCGCAGCGGCCAGAGAUUAGCUCAAGCGAAGAUUAGCAAGGUGAAGAAAAGCAACUGUGCUGGCGAUGAGGUGGCUGCAUCAGCUCCUCCAGCGCCAGCCGGAGAGGAGUCCUCCUUGAGGAGAACAAGGUCUUCCUUUUCACCGGCACUGUCCCUGAGAUCCCAGAACCACGCCGUGGUCUUUCCCCCCGAUCCUCCUCGGCACCCGGCUAUGGGCUCAGCACUGCUGCCUUUGCCCGUCACGGGGGGCCCCCUGCUCAAGAACCAGUGCGGGGAAUGUGGGCGCGUCCUCAGCAGCGGCGCCGCCCUGGAGAGCCACCUCAGUCUCCACAAAGGCCACAGACCGUUCUCCUGCACGGUCUGCAGGAAGAGCUUCCCUGACGCCAAGGGUCUCAGGCGGCACGACAGAGUGCACCGCAACGGCAGGAUCCACACCUGCCAGCAGUGCGGGAAGGGUUUUGUCUAUGUGUAUGGUCUUACCAAACAUCUCCAGAUGGUCCACGUAAAGUUUAAACCCUUCGUCUGCCAGAUCUGCAACAAGGCAUUCUUCACGAAGGGCGACGUGGAAGACCACAUACGCCUGCACACGGGGGAGAAACCAUUCCACUGCCACUUGUGUGAAAAGAAGUUUGUGAAGAAAGUGGAACUGAAGGUGCACCUGAAGUGGCACAAUGGAGAGAAGAGACACUGGUGUCCGUACUGCGGCAAAGGCUUUUUUGACUACAACAACUGGAAAAGACACAAGUACAUCCACACCGGAGAGAAACCGCAUUCUUGCCCACACUGCCCCAAACACUUUAAACAGUCCAGCCACCUGAAGAAGCAUGUUAGGAAUGUACAUAAAAUCCAAUGAGAAUUUCUACACGUCGUUACGUCAUCACAUAUUUUUCCUCAGCAUGAGAAAAUGUCUUCAAUAAAAAAUAGAAAACCA